AAUUAUACGAAAAUACGGUUUGACUGCUAGCUCGUGCACAUUUCAUUCGCUCCCCAAAGUUGAUUGAUUUUUCUGUCUUGAGAUAUUAUCACAGUUUAAAAAAGGUUACUACAAUGCAAUAAUUGUGAAAGCUUUUAGUAUCUAAUUCAUCGUUCGCUUUUGAAAUCCUAUUUCAUUUUCAUUUUUUAAAUGCAUCUUGUGUACGACAUGUUUAAUACUUAGUAUUACGUCAUAACCUGAGGAAGUUUAGUAUAUUUGCGGUAUUUUGUUGUACAUUUUGCAUAUAAUAUAUUAAAAUGGGAUGUGAUGGAGGCACCAUACCUAAAAGAGAUGAACUUGUCAGAACGAAGAAAAGACCAGAGCAGAAAGAUAAGACUGCUGAUCUAGAUGCCAAGUGGAAACACUGUGCAAUUACCCAGGAACCACUCCGUGAACCAAUCAUGGCUUGUGAGCUCGGCAGGUUGUACAACAAGGAGGCAGUGCUAGAAUUUUUGAUUGACAGGAGUAAAUUUGAAUGUUCAUCAAGCUUUGACCAUCUUCGUGGGCUUAAGGAUCUGAAAGAGUUGAAACUGACAGAAAACAAAGGGUAUGGUCGUCCGAAGAGUGAGAAAGGAGACAGCUAUAUUGAUACACAGGACGCUAGGUACAUCUGUCCAGUGGUCGGCAUCACCAUGAAUGGAAAACAUGGGUUUAGCUUCAUCUGGUCCUGCGGGUGUGUUUUAUCAGACAGAGCUCUCAAAGAGGUGAAAUCUGACAUUUGUCAUAAGUGUGGCAGUAAAUUCUCCCCAGAUAAUGUGAUCACGUUAAAUGGAUCUGAUGAGGAUGUAGAAAGGUUACAACAGAGAAUGAGGGUCAGGAAAGAGCAGGCCAAACUGGCAAAGAGAGCUAAAAAGCACAAAUCUGAAUCUACAGAAACAGAGCCCAAAAUGACAGAUGCAAAGAAAGCAAAGACGGAAAAGCCACCCACAAAGACUUCCUGUGCAGCAGGGGGCCCUAAGGACAAACUGCCCACCCACACAAGCAUUCAGAAGGACCCCAAGGCCAGCAGCACCUACAAGUCUCUAUUUACCUCCAGUAAUAGAGCAAAGAACCAACAGUCAGCUCAUUGGGUGACAUACAAUCCAUUCUACAACUGAAAGUUUUGUUUUAAAUUUUGGUGAUCAUUAUGUAGAGGUACCCUGUGGAUGUGACUUCUGGAUAUGAAACUGAGUACAUGAUAAUUCAAGGAUGAGUCCAUAUUUUAAAAAAUGUGUUAUAGCAUUGGAAGAGAUCAAUGGCAUUUGUAGAAUUAUCCUUCGUACUUUAUCUCUCAUCGUCUUACUGUGUGUACAGCCAGAAAGACAAGGGGACACAAUUUUUAGAUGUCUGUACAUUAUAGAAAUGAAAUCACAGAGCAAUGUUAUAAAUAGAUAUUUUAAUUUUAGAAUUAUUACAUGUGUUGUGUGUUCACAUUGUGCAGCUGUAUAUUGUUAGGGACGGAACAAUAAAUAUCUUUUCAAGAGCAAAGCCAUGUAUGAAUUAUGUAAAUAAAAACCACUUUCAAUGGCCAGUGUUACAGGUACCUGUACUCUGCACGUGCAUAUUGUGACAAUAGAUGUGUAUGGGUUUUUAAUCAAAUAAAUUUCUCUCCAUA